UGAGGUAACUUGACCAUAACCUGUUAGAGCAACUCCAAUCAUGGGGCAUCUGAAGAGAGAACAGAAAUGGAGGUUGGAGGGAGCAGUGAGAGCCCGGCAGAGACGAAGACGAAGACCAAAACAGCUCGAAAACCCAAAGAAAGCACUCUGAAACAAAAAUCUCCAGCUGAGUUCUUUGCUGACAACAAGAACAUAGCGGGGUUUGACAACCCUGGGAAAUCACUUUAUACUACAGUGAGAGAGCUUGUUGAGAAUGCUCUUGAUUCUGCCGAAUCAAUAUCGGAACUUCCUGUUGUUGAGAUGACAAUUGAGGAGAUUGGGAAAUCAAAGUUCAAUUCUUUGAUUGGCUUGGCAGAUCACCAGAGGGUUGAUGCUGAGCUGUAUGAUGAUUUUGAAACCAAAAAGGCGCGAGAGAAAAGACUUGCCAAGGAAGCUCGACUUCAAGAGAUCCAGGCAAAGAGUGCCGCGUCUGGGAAGAAAGUAAAAGAAGCGACAACUGUAAAGGCCAACAGAAGUCGUGAGGCUUCAUAUUACUGUGUGACAUGCAAGGAUAAUGGAAAAGGAAUGCCACAUGAUGAUAUCCCUAACAUGUUUGGAAGAGUGUUAUCUGGGACAAAGUAUGGAUUGAAACAAACACGUGGGAAAUUUGGUCUUGGUGCAAAGAUGGCACUGAUUUGGUCUAAGAUGAGUACAGGGCUACCGAUUGAAAUCAUGUCAUCUAUGAAGGGGCAAAGUUAUACUUCAUUCUGUAGGCUGGAUAUAGAUAUUCAUCGGAACAUUCCUCACAUUCAUGUACAUGAAAAACGUGAGAACAAAGAAAAGUGGCAUGGAGCAGAUAUCCAAAUAGUCAUUGAAGGGAAUUGGACAAGUUACCGUUCAAAAAUACUCCACUAUAUGCGUCAAAUGGCUGUCAUCACUCCUUAUGCACAAUUUAUUUUCAAAUUUAUAUCAGAGACUCCAGAAAAAAACGUGACCAUACGAUUUACAAGGAGAACAGAUAUAAUGCCUCCAGUUCCUCUUGAGACGAAGUAUCAUCCAUCUGCUGUUGAUAUACUUCUGAUCAAGCGGCUAAUUGCUGAAACUUCAAAGCAUACCCUUCUACAAUUUUUUCAGCAUGAAUUUGUGAGCAUAGGGAAAUCCCAUGCAGAUCGUUUGAUUGGGGAGUUGGGUCCAGACUUUAGCGCUAAAAUGCCAGUCAAAUCAUUAAGUUCUCAACAGAUUGUUCGUAUCCAUCAGUUGUUCCGUCAAGCCAAGUUCCACGAUCCUAGCGGUGAUGUUCUAAGUCCUGCGGGGGAGUAUAAUUUAAGGCUUGGAGUUAUAAAGGAGCUGCAUCCAGAUAUGCUUGCUACAUAUUCGGGAAGUGCGCAAGUAUUUGAAGGGCAUCCUUUUAUUGUGGAAGCGGGAGUUAGUUUGGGCGGAAAAGAUGUGAAACAUGGUCUAAAUAUAUUUCGGUUUGCUAAUCGCAUUCCCCUUCUAUUUGAGCAAGGAGCUGAUGUUGUUACCCGAACCGCUUUGAAGAGGAUCAACUGGAACAGUUACAAGAUUAAUCAGGCACAAGAUAAAAUUGGCGUCUUCGUCAGUAUUGUAAGCACCAAAAUUCCUUUUAAAGGGACUGGGAAGGAAUACAUUGGAGAUGAUAUAAGUGAGAUAGCUUCUGCUGUGAAGACAGCCAUUCAACAGUGUUGUGUUCAGCUAAAAUCCAAAAUCGUAAAAAGAAAACAAGCUCAAGAGCAGCAGGAGAGAAAGCGUAAUUUGACCAGGUACAUCCCUAGUGCUUCUGUUUCUAUAUUUGAAGUCCUCAAAGAUAUGUCUAAGAAACAUGCUUCCAAGAAGAGGCGCUUUGAGGAUGGAGAUUCAGAUUUACUGAAACAAGUUUCAGAUGAUUUAGUUACAGAAGAGACACUGAGAAUGAAGCUUGCUCAGCAUGUUCAACAGGUUGACUAUGAGAUGGCGCUAGAGUAUGCCACACAGACUGGGGUAAAGGAAGAGCCCAAAGAAGAUAUUUACUUGCAAGUGUUGAAUGAUGAUGAUAAGUUCACUGAUUUCCAUAGCCCAAUAUUUCUCUUCAGACUUUUCCAUUAGGUAUUUAUACGCUUCUUCUCACUCCACCUCUAUUCUCUAUGUCCAUUUUGGAGUUGCAAUAUGCUUUAUACCCAUAAUGCAGUAGAUGAAUUACAGAGAUAUAAGAUAGGUUACAAAUGUUGGUCCUAUAAAGAAACAUUGUUCUUUACAUUUUACUCCAUCUUUUUAGAUGGAAUACAAAGUUUUAAACUACUCUAUGAAAGUGGAUAAUGUAACGUCGGGUACUGAGUAUUCCAUUGAAGUUGUAUGAGAUCAUUAUCCUUGAUCUGCUCUGUUUAUAGCUUUAAAUUCAUUAAAGAGCAAGUUUAAGG